AAGAUAGCGUCCGGUAACUAAGGAACAAGCCAACCAACCGUGAAUCUUAAGUACGAACGGAAAUACCGACACCAGAUUUGUAUUUCUAAUAAUCUCCCAGGAGUUCGGACGAUAAAAGUGAUAUCACAUAAACAAGAGGGAGAUACCAAAAUGGCUGCGGCACCAGCAGACAAGAUGGGGAAAGUAGCGGCGGGCUGUAACUUUGUGGCCCAGGAUCAGAUCUGGAAGGACCAUGUUCACCACGAGGAGACGGCGUCCAAGACAUGGCCAGGGAGCUGGGGUUUCCUUACCACGAAAUAUGAGGACUUAGUGAAGGAUGACUUCCCUGAGUGGGACAAGAACAAGAAAACAGAGCCCUUGUUUCAAAUGAAACCAGUGACACCUAUUGAGGAAUACAUUCAUGUAGAGCCCUCGCCAAAACCCUUCCCCAAAACUACAGCGCGUGAUAUCGGAUGGCGGUCGACAAAUCCAACUAACAAACUAGAGAAAUACGGCAAGUACGCUAAGCCGAAAGGAGGACUAAUCAGGCAGCUCAACUGGCCAACAGAGGCUAUAAACUAGUGUCGGAAACAAUGUAAGCUAGCGAAAAUACUAGUGGAGUUUAUAACAUUUCUCGUCAACCAGCUCCGUAAUGACGGACAACCUAGACACUCGUAUCAGGAGGACGCUGGACGAUUUAUGAAACAACGGGAUGCGGUGACAGUACGACGUUUUGUUUGUUUUCUUUAAAGUCCCGAAAGUUGUGUACUCGGAAUCUAGUCUACAACAAUGUGCUGUGAGAGCGUAUAUACUGAACACUUCAUAGGGACAUAAUUCUGAAUCAUUGAAAGUUAAAUAUUGGGUAUUAAUAAUCUCCUCGUGAAUAGUAUCAAAAUGAUCGGUAACUAUAUGUAUAUAUUACUAGUAAACAGAAAGUACUAUGACUAUAUUAGCUACACUGUGUAUUUUACUAGCUAUCUGAUUAAAAUACUCAUCAUUAUAUACUAAUUCGUGAUGUAUUUCAAUCAGAUUGGCAUUGCUAACAGCUAUACUCCUAUAAGUAGCGAUAUUAUAGUAUAGCCGUUUAUGUUAGUGGUAAUCUUGCCGUCAUUUAAAUCAUUGUCAAUUGAAUUUUAUUGCACAACAAAUAUAAAAUAUCUAUCUAAAAUGAAAUUACUAACAUGGAUUGCUACGAUAGAUAUGCAAGUACUGCCUUUGUUCUACAGACCGGUGUCAGGUACUAGGUCCCCAUGAUAUUGUAAAUGGUGUAUGGUAUCCUUAUAUAUUAAACUGCACAGAAUACACACUUAAUAUACAAAUAUUGUACUUUAAUACACACUUAGUAUACAAAUAUUUUACUUUAAUACACACUUAGUAUACAAAUAUUGUACUUUAAUACACAAUGCCAAAUCUAACUUAGAUUUUGUCAUGGAUCAAAACAGUAUAUGUUAUAUAGUUACGUACUGCAGUCAACUUAAACAGAAUGAAGAAACUUGAUGUACAAAUAAUAGUACAUUUUUAUUUCUGUGUUUUGAAUUAGAAAUGUUUUUACCAGAUAUGUGUGUAACACACAUUUCCAUUUGAACGUUACUGUGCGUGUUUGUGGUUUGUUUCCUCCCAGUUAGUUUAAACGAGUUCCAUGUGACGAGUUUACACGUUUACUCCGGUGUAAAACUUUCUGGGAUUUUUUAAAUAUUGUUAGGCGCGGUAACAUUGUUUUUGUUCAUUUUGGUGCUUUGUACAUAGGUCACGUGACCAUGGUAACAUAUGGCACUACGGUGUGGUCCUCUUGUUUGGAAACGUUUAUUUAUUUAGAUUAUUUUGAGAUUACAUGCAUUACUAACAUAGAUAUCUAGGUUGUUUUUUUUGUUUUAUUUUCUAUUUUGCUCAAUCAAUUAGCCUACAAUAAACAAGGACUUGACCUUUAGUUAUACCUAGUGUACCGUACAUAACAUUAUAUUCAGAAACUUUUAAAUGACUUUCUUUUGUCCACUCACGUUAUUUUGUUUUUCUUUUUUGUUUGUUGUAGUCGGAGUAUUAUAUAUCUAUAUCUAUACCAAGUCUCUUUUGAGACAGUCGGAUGUGGUAACAAUAUUGACAGUCUAUGAUUGGUAAGGACGGCUGCUUUUCAGAACGUUAGGAACAUGUACACAAAAAGAUAUUAAAACCUCGUAGUGGAAUACAUCAUUCAGUUUCGGUUGAUUUAUGUUUGUGUUUGGAAAUUUAAAAAAAAAAUGGAUUAGUAAAGAUAGUUUUUGAGAUGAAAUAGAAUUUUGACAACGAAAUAUGCAUUUGGUGGAAUUGUAUGUGGUGCAAUUUAACUGUGAUAAAUGAUUAACUAUACAUGAACGUCUAUGAAAUUUCUCGGCUGAUGUAGAAAAAUCAGAAAACACAAUUUCACCAAACAUUUAUUUUUAUUUCUAACCUUGUAAUGUAGCGGCAUGCUGUUAUUUUUUUCAGUGUGUGCACGUAGGUGUGUGCGUGCGUCCGUGUUAAUGACUUUCUCGUGAUCAGUAUUAUUAUCGGUACACCAAAGUGUAUAUUAUUACCAUGUUUUGUCAACACAAUGUAUACUAUUCUAGUGCAUUACUCAGCAAAAUGUUACACUGUGGUGUUGAAUAAAAUCUUUCCAAUAGCA